AGAGACUGUGUAUGGGUCAUGGAUUGACACAAAUACCCUCAGGUGGCGUCGGACGCAAACAAACAAAGCACAAUCAUCUUCCGUCAUCGCCUUUUAUCUCUUCAUUCAUAAGAUGGUCAGUCAGUGAGAGAUCCCCUUAAAGCUUUCCUCUUUUAUUUUGCCAGUUGAAAUCUGAAAGAUCCUUUGACUCAUCGUCACUCUUGAAAUCCUCAUAAAGCCAAAAGGACAAAGCUUCAAGUCGCAUCCUGAUUGGCUGAAUCUUGUGCAAAGUUCUUCUGGGUUUUUCUGGGGGUGAAAAAAGUCGGAAAGUGAAUAGAUGGGAAAGCUAGUACGCACAUUCAUCUAGUUUCGAAAUCGCAAAUGUUGUCGAACCAGUUCGUUAUCUCCUUCUUCCUUCUUCUUUGUAUCCCGAUCGUCUUCUUCCUCGUUGCCCCUCAUGUCUUCCCUCCUCCCCCACGCGAAUCUCUCAUCCCUAUCGCCGACGAGAUCGACGACCAGAUCCUAUUCCGCCGCGCCUCCGCGGGAUCUUCCUCGCAUCUUUCCUCCGGGAGCCCACAGCCUAAGCUCAAAAUCGCCUUCCUUUUCCUCACAAACUCCGACCUCCAUUUCGCGCCAAUCUGGGAUGGAUUCUUCUCCGGCCAUCCUCGAUCUCUCUACAACGUCUACGUCCACGCAGAUCCCUUCGUCAACAACAUCACCAGACCCGGCAACGGCUCCGUCUUCCAGAACGCCUUCAUCACCUCCGCCAAACGCACAUCACGCGCCUCUCCCACUCUGAUCUCCGCCACGCGCCGUCUCUUCGCCACCGCACUUCUCGACGACCCGGCGAACGCGUACUUCGCAGUCCUCUCUCAGCACUGCAUUCCUCUCCACUCCUUCAGAUUCGUCUACCAAUCCCUCUUCGAAUCACCCAGUUUCGAUAAAUCAAACCCGGAUCCAACUUCCAAAGGGGUUCGAAUCUGGUACCGGAGCUUCAUCGAGCUCAUCUCCGAUGAACCCAGGCUUUGGAAACGCUACAUUGCUCGAGGGAGAUACGCUAUGUUACCUCAAGUCCCCUUCGACAAAUUCCGAGUGGGUUCUCACUUCUUCCUCAUGACUAGGAGACACGCUCUUCUCACUGUCAAAGAUCGCACCCUGUGGAGAAAAUUCAAGCUCCCUUGCUACCGUUCCGAUGAGUGUUACCCCGAGGAGCAUUACUUCCCCACGUUGAUGAACAUGAAGGAUCCACUGGGUUGCACCGGUUUCACUCUCACCCGAGUCAAUUGGACUGCUACUGUCAAGGGUCAUCCUUAUUCCUACAAGCCUACAGAAGUCUCCUCCCACUUGAUUCACCACCUCCGCCUUUCCAAUCAUUCAACCUCCUACUUUUUUGCUAGGAAGUUUAUGCCUACUUGCUUGAAACCUUUGUUGGCCAUUGCAGACUCCGUCAUCUUUACGGAUUGAAUACCUUUCUUUUCUUGAUUUGGAUAUUGUCUCCUCUGCAACCAAAUUGGAAUGAGAGAAAAGGUGUUGUUAUUUAGUUUCUUCAUCUGAAGGCAAUAUGCAAGCAAUCACCAUCGCAUGAGGCUGGAAAAUACAAAAGGUAUUGAGAGAGGAUUGGAUUUUGUAUUCCAGAUGAUGAUGAUGAUAAGCUUAGAAAUUUUAUGUGCUUGUCAAAUGUUAUCACACGAGAACGAGACAUCGAGAGGGCUUAGAUACCCAAGUUGUAGGGUUUUUUUUUUUUCUUA